AUGGCGUGCGUGGAAGACCUUCUAGGACCCCCGAAUUAUUCGUUUCAAAAAGCUCAAGACGAGUUGACAGGAAAUUUGCCCUUUUACGAAAACGAGGAUUGCACGUUAAGCCCUGCAGCGCUUUUGGAUGAUAUUAUGAUGGAUUUCGAUGAAAAUUUGGAUUUGUUCUUUGAACAACCGUUAACGUUCCCCAAUCCAAAAGAUCUUGCUUGCCUCGGGAUAGGUGAUAUUAUGCAACCGGGUCUCCUGCAGUUUGAACCAAACAGUUCCAGCCCGACGGAAACCGUUGGUUCUCCCUUAGGUUCUGCUACAGGACACCCAAAACUGGGUAAGCGCGGCGUUCCGGAAAAUCGAGUGUCUCAGGAUUUACUUCUUCAUUUUGGUCAACGAGGGUCACCCUCAGUCGGUCAAGGAUUAUCUAAUAUAAACAAAAACGUACUGCAGACCAAUGUCAGCAGUCGGGAUAUCCCAAUGAAAGGCCUCUCUGAGGGACGUAAUAAGUCUGAACCGUUUAAACAGAAGUCCUUCACGCGGCCAGUGAACAAUCGCUUAUCCGAUAUGUCUGCCACUGGAGCUCCCGUCAGUUCAAAUACUCUCAGCUUCCAGCCGAUGCCUGGAAUUCCUCAGAAUUCUGUGAAGGAAUGUUUGAAAGAUACCUCAGUACCUCCUCACGUACAGGUAGAUGGUGCUUCUAGUCGAACAUCCACCGCCAAACACUCAAUUGGUCAGUCACUUGGUUGCAUUAACCGUCGCUCACACACCGUGAAGCAUUUUCCUACUCCUGCUCUACAUAGACAUCGAGGCUCUGUUCCGAAUGCGGCACAUCCAAGUGAUAAAACAUUGAAGCAGCUAUUUCGCAACGGUUUUAUGGAUUCCAUUUCAUUGGAUCAAGAUCGUGUUGAAGGCAAUUCAAGCUCACCUGCUCUCCUUAAUGCCUUACUCCACGGUCCUGAAGUACAGAAGAAAACGAGUAUCACACCUACAUUUGAGGGAACCUCGACGCGAGCGGAUGAUGCCCAGAACAGUUGUUCUGUCCCUCUGUUGUGUUCAGCAUUAACAGCACCUUUAUCAUCACAACCCAGACGUCAACUGGCUCUUGUUGCUCCCAGUCGUCCAAACAACUUUCUUCCGCCCCCUCAAAGUACUGAAAGUCAGAGACCCGUACUGUUGGGACCAGCUUCCUGCUUGAUUGCUGACUCACUUCGGCCGCCGGAAGAAAUUCGUAAUAUGUCUGUGGAUGCCGUGAAUUUCAAGCCGGAAUCUGGAGAUCAUACCACAUUUCCUACGGCCAUGCUUUCUACUGGUCAGGACACUUAUCCAACCUCCAUCCUGAAGUCUACACUCACAGUCCCUCAGCCAACAAUGACAAAUACCUCAUACGUUCCUAUGACACCUCAUAUUCAAAGCGCAAACACGAACGGUUCUAACACAGAAGCAACCUUCUUCAAGGCUCUCACUUAUGGCUCUGAGACUGCUCCUACGAAUUCCACUCGCUAUGGAGUAAUAUCUGAUCGGACUGUCUCACGACCACCGGCUGAACUACAGGGUACGAGUGCUCUGCAUCCGGUUUUCAAGACUAAUACCGUCAAGAUCGUUGAUCCGCGUUCCGUUCGUCACCAGUCAGGAAUGGAUGGUGUUGAUUUUGUUAGUGGUGCACAACCAACUCAGCCUUUGUCAAUGAACCCAUCAAAUUUGGACGAUCGGCUAAGAACUGGUUCCAUUCAAACCCAGUAUUCCCUGUAUUCUGUAGUACCAUCUGCAUGUGAUACUGCUCGUCAUAGGUCCAGCCCAGCUGACCAAAAUAUCGAUCCUUCUACUGCCGUUAUAUUACCUACUACUCAGAGCUCUUGGUCCGAUGCCCCUGCAUCUUCGCGCCCGCCCACAUUAGAUUCUCAGUUCUGGCCGCAGAAUGCGCUGAAGGGUCAACAACCAGAAAGCUUCUUUCCUGCAGUCAAUGCACCUGAAUCAACGAUGGUCCUGGGGAAGGAAGAGAGCAAAGGGGUGAAUUUUCAAGUCAAUUCAACACAACCAAACCCCUCAUUGUCCUCUCGCGGACGUUCCAGUUCUGCCGGAAAUCUAUUUCCAUUACCACAGCCACUGCACAACUAUGUUGGAAAGCCGAGUUCGUCAACUACCAUGUCCAGCUAUGGCAGUACCGAGGUUCUCUCUCCUCCAGUGUCAUCACAAUCAAACUUUCUAUGCACAUCAUCACCAUCCUGCUCUCCCCCACCACCGGCCUUGAUAGAUCCAGAGUUGUCUUCACGUAGCACAACAACAGGCAAUUCUUCAGAAGAAAUAAGGCGACAGUCGAUGCACGCUGCUCUUCAGACGCUGCGGAGACUCGUGCACAUGCAUUCGAAUUUAGACGGACCUGCUGGCGGAAGUCGUUUAGCUGCCAGGAGAUUAAUGGAUUUACACGAUUACAGGUCAUCUACCAUCAGUAAUCGUGCACUGGAGGAUAUGGAUGAUGAAAUAGCACCUAAUUGGACUCGUCCAAAAGGUGCUGGCACUAUUGACGGUAGUGGCACGGAUCCGUAUAACGUAGGCAUGAGCGAAAGUGGAGGUACAUACAAAACCACCAAAGCGGCUACUUUACUCGGUGCGGCUGAACUAAUUCGUGGGAUGCGAGAACAACGGAAUGCCCUGGAUGCACAGCAAAAUAGUUUGCGAAGCGAAAGGGAAACUCUAAAAAAAGCAAUCAGGUGA